CACCAUUAACGGAACCCAGAAACCGAAGGCGUACGGCAGAGCCUUCAUUGCUUCAGUCGCUGGAAGCUCGACUGCUCUUCAACCCGUCGUUUAUUGUUUUCACAUGCUGCAAAGCUAGGGCAUUACUCUACUGCUACCUACAUGCUUCCGCUGUCAUCGACCUGCCGCCUGCACCCUAAUCGUCCCACAGCGACAUCUGUUUUCUUUGCUCCAAAGCGCUCUAUAGGCCAACGACAUGAUGCAUCGAUAAUUGCCCAUGCUAGGGCCAAUUGGGCAUCAUGUGACAGCCGUGUGCAACGGGUUGUUCCGUCUCGGCAGCCGCUGACAUGUUCCGCAGCUUCCAAAGACGGAGCAGACACCGAGGAGGAUGUGCAGUACCUAAGCGAUGAUGAGGUGGACGAGCUCAUCUCCGACGCGGCGGGCUUCAUCUGCGUGCUGGACGAGCUGCGCCCGCUGGACUCCGCCGCCUACAACCCCUUCUGGGAGGUGUGGACCCGCAUCGCGCGCAUCCCGCCCGAGGAGCGCCCCCGCCUGCUGGAGGAGCUGGAGCCGGGCUGCCUGCGGUCGCUGUGGAAGGCCAGUGUGGGGCGCUACGUGCUGGAUGAGGGGCGGAGCAGGGAGCUGUUUGGAGGGGGCGAGGAGGAGGAGGAGGAGGAGGAGGAGGGAGAGGAGGGGGAGGGAGGAGGAGGGGCGAGUAUUUGGGACGACUUUCCU